UGUUAACGUGACUCCCCUUCAUGCCUAAAAAGAGAGGAUAUGUAUGCAGAAAAAAAAAAAAAAAUAGCUCUCCCAUUUUGCCCUCAAAAAUCUUUUGAUAGAUCCUGUUGAUGGUGGAACUUUACUCAAUUCCAUAAUAUCCCCAUUUCCCAUUAUCCUCCCUACCCCAACCCUACCCCUACCCCACCACCUCCAACCCCAUUAUCAUCAUUAUCAAGAUUCCUCUUCCAUUUUCUCCGUUAUCUUUGUUUCUCUUCAAAAACCCCUUUCAUAAUUUGCUUAAUAUUUCCACAAUUUAAAGCCGUAAUUUGAUUAAACAAGCAAAAGGGUGUCUAAAUCUUGUUCAUUUUCAUUAAAUGGUUUGAUUCAAAGUUGUGGAUUGUUCGUUUCUUGAUUUUCCGGUGAAAAGUUUGAUUUAGAAUUUGUUAAUUUUCAUUUCUUGAUUUUCGUGUUUCUUUGUUAAUUUUAUUGAUUUUCAUUAAUGGUUUGAUUCAAAGUUGUGGAUUUUUCGGGUUUUUUUCAUCAUAAUUUCAUAAAAGGAGCAAAAGGGUGUCUAAAUUUUGUUAUUUUAAUUAAUAGUUUGGUUCAAAUUUGUGGAUUUUCGGUUUUUUCUUUGGUUAUAAUUUGGUAAAAUAGGCAAAAGGGUAUCUGAAUCAUAUUCAUUUUUCAUAAAUGGCUUAAUUCAGAAUUUAAUAAUUUUCCUUUAAUGGUUUUCCGGUGAAAAAGUUUGAUCUUCUUUCCUUUUUUUGGUUAUAAUUUGAUAAAAGGGGCAAAAGGGUGUCUUAAUAUUAUUAUUAUUUUCCAUUAAUGGUUUAAUCCAAAGUUUGUUAAUUUUCGUUUCUUGAUUUUCCGGUGAAAAAGUUUGAUCUUUUUUUUUUUUUUUUUUGGUUAUAAUUUGAUAAAAGGUGUCUUAAUUUUAUUAUUUUCCAUUAAUUGUUUAAUCCGAAGUUUCUGAAUUUUCAUUUCUUGAUUUUCCGGCGAAAACUUUGAAUUUUUACUGAAAAAUGGGUAAUAUGGGAAGCAGUGGAGUAAACGGCCGGCGCCGGAGCAGUAGCCGGAGAAGCCAUCCACCACCACCACCGCCACCAUCACAACCACCACCACCACAACCAGAGAUAAACGCGAACCGCUACGUGUUUGCAGCAGCUACGCCUUAUCCAGCACAGUACCCGAACCCUAAUGCACCUCCAUAUUAUCAAUAUCCAGGGUACUAUCCUCCACCAUCUGCAGGAGCAAUGUCGGUACCUUUACCAGCACAGUAUGAUCAUGGUCAUGGUAAUUGGGUUAAUGGGGGGAGGUACCCUUGUGGACCUAUGAUGCCUCCACCAGCACCAUAUGUGGAGCAUCAGAAAGCUGUAACUAUAAGAAAUGAUGUUAAUUUGAAGAAGGAAAGUUUAAGGAUUGAGCCUGAUGAAGCUAAUCCUGGGAAAUAUCUUGUGGCUUUUACCUUUGAUGCUACAGUUCCUGGAAGCAUGACUGUUAUUUUCUUCGCAAAAGAAGGUGAAGAUUGUUCCUUGACUCCUAUGAAGGAAAGCUUGCCACCAAUAACAUUUGAGUUCCAAAAAGGUUUAGCUCAGAAGUUUAGGCAAGCAUCUGGAACUGGCAUUGAUUUUUCGAUGUUUGAAGAGGCUGAAUUGUCCAAAGAUGGUGAGGCAGAUGUGUAUCCACUUGCGGUCAAGGCGGAGGCAACAUUAGAUAGCCAAAGUGGAUCAGAGGAUGCAAGUGCAGCGUCGGGAUCCACUAAUUCACAGACUACUCAAGCAGUUUUUGAAAAGGACAAAGGUGAGUACCAUGUUAGGGUGGUGAAGCAGAUACUAUGGGUCAAUGGCAUGAGGUAUGAGUUGCAAGAGAUUUUUGGUAUUGGUAAUUCAGUUGAAAGUGACUUCGAUGGAAAUGAUCCUGGGAAAGAAUGUGUGAUAUGCCUCUCUGAACCUCGCGAUACUACUGUACUUCCAUGUCGGCACAUGUGUAUGUGCAGCGGAUGCGCAAAGGUUUUGAGGUUCCAGACAAAUCGCUGUCCUAUUUGUCGACAGCCAGUUGAGCGCCUUUUGGAGAUCAAGGUCAGCGAAGGCGCAGCAGCCGAAGAGUAAAAAACAAUAGAAAGAGUUUGCCAGAAUCCAACUCUUGUACAAAUAUCAGUAUUUUUAACCUUUUGGUUCCUCUCUAUUGCUCUUUCUUUCUAUCCACUUUCCUUAGAUUAGAAUAAUCCAACAGAUAGUUUGAUCAUCAAGACUUGCUGUUGAGUUGAGCCUUUACUUUUCUUUUUACAUUUUUUUAAGAGUGUUUUUGAAUUCCCUGCAUUGUUUUUUUUCAAGAAAGUUGUUAAAUAUACUGUUUGCUUGGUCAA